UUCUCUGUUCCGCCACGAUAGAAAUAAAAGAUGAUCACACAUGUUUUUUUGUUGAUCGAAACAAAGUUGAUAGCUAAACAAUAUGGCUACUGAUUCUCUAUGUUUUCCAUAUCGUAGGGAAAACACUAGCGCUCUUAGACUCUUCCGUCCCUUGCUCUCACUACUCAAUGCGUCGUGUACGCUCUAUUAUCUCUCCAUGUACAGUUAUAUGCUCGUUCUAGUACUGCAGGCAUUGCACUUCUUCAUUAGGUCGUCCCUCUGAACCUCUCUACCUUAAGCUUCCGUUUUUGUGCCCACAACUAAACGAAAAUUAUAUGAAACCGAACAUAUUUAGUUUUACAGUUUAAUCGAACUCAAAUAGCAUUAUUAACCUGACCAAGCGAGUUAAGUUUCGAUCAUCCUAAAAAAAACUUGGUUCGAUCAAUCAUGUAGACCAAGCUCACCCGAGAGAUGAAUUGAUUGUUUCGUGAGCUAUUUGGCAGCGAAUAGUUAAUACAUGAAACUUUGGUGACUCGUGUUUGAGUAGCUCAAAAAAAAUCAGGCCCCCGGUUAUAUGUGAAAUCUGACCCUGUAAUUUUUAACGUUUUGCCUGCACCCGGUACCCAUGCCUUUUUGCGUAAAUACUGUAAUACCCUUUACCGUUACCCCCCUCCAUUAGUUCAAAAAUCAAAUCUUAAUAUUUUAUUGAUCAGAUCAGACUCAUAGCGAAGCUAAACUCUCUCUCGUCUUUAUGGGGUUUGGUGGGACCAAAGCACAAUGACCACAUAGGACAACUGUGGUAGAUCAGAGACCUGGGUCACUCACACUUCUCCUACAGGGUAAUUAACCGAAAUGUCCACUUAUGCUUGGACCAGUAACAAAACCAUUCCUAUAAUUUUAGAACAUCACAAAAUGGUCACUUAGUGAAAGCCCAACCACUGGGCCUAAGUUCACAAUUAUACCAACUCACCCCACAGACUCAAAGCCCACGGAAGCAUCGACUACGUACGUCACACCGCCGCAUGCAAGCCCAUAGACUAUCCUGGACUUAUGGCCCGAUUCAUACCUCCGACGCCGGCGUUGAACUUUUAUUAAUAUUAAUAAUUAUUACUUUACCCAUCACUUGCCGACAUUCAAUUGCGAAAGGCCAAAAAGACAGUAAUUAAACCACAAGGGAGCUGCUGUCACAUGCAUGCAUACAUGCAACUAGAAAUAAAAGCCAGCUGAUUCCUAGCUAGCUGCAGCCUGCAAGUUGCUAUAGCCACUUGUAUCUCCCCAUUGUUUUAUGCUUCAUUCGAUCGAUCUCCCCUGGUUACGCAAACUAACUAGCAUCGUUGUCCUUUUCCCAAAUGCAUGACGAUAAUAUUAUACAACUUGCCUCAUAUAAUAGCAAAGAAUGAAUGCAAGUUCGCGCUUUUGUAUAUAUAUAGUAUAGCGAGAGGCAUGCAUGCUUCAACACAAUGAGCUUCACAUACUUUCUACAUUAAAUUUUCAGCUACUGCGAGUCGCAGCGGGACAUUUAUCAUGUCCACGUCGUCUUUCAACGACUUCUUCGAGCAGUGGUUGACCGAGCAGGAGCACCAUCUCGAGAGCCUCGUUGCAGCCGCCAACGGCCAAGCGGGGGAUGAGUUUCUCAGAGACCUGAACGGUCGGGUGCUGGAGCACUACGAGGAGUACUACCGGGCAAAGUCCGAAUGGGCCCACCAGGACGUGCUAGCUGUGUUGUCCCCGUCCUGGAGAACGUCCCUGGAGGAAGCCUUUCUCUGGAUCGGCGGUUGGCGUCCCUCCACGGCUUUCCACAUCCUCUACUCCAAGUCAGGGCUCCAAUUCGAGACCAGGAUCAGCGAGGAUCAGAGGCGCCACAACGGAGACAACGUGGUGGCGGAUCUGGCUGGUCUUUCGCCGCGGCAGUUUGGCCUCAUCGACGAGCUUCAGAGAGACACGAUCAAGGAAGAGAGGAGGCUUACAGAGAAGCUGGCAAAGGUCCAGGAGUCGAUUGCGGACGUGUCCAUAGUGGACCUGACCCACACAGUUAGCGAAAUGAUGCGGAGGACCGACGACGACGUGGAGAGGUCCAGCAACGGGUUCAGCGAGGAGCAGGUGGAGAGGGCGUUGGUGCUGAAGAAGAGGAAGAUGGAGGAGCUGUUGCGGAAGGCUGAUGAUCUACGGGUGGCGACGCUCAGGUCGAUCGUUCACGAGAUCUUGACUCCGAUCCAGGCCGUCCAUUUCCUGAUCGCCGUUGGGGAGCUACACCUUCGGGUCCAUGAUUGGGGGAAGCGGGGAGACGAGCGUCUUUAGGGCAACUAGCAUACAUUCCGGCGUCCAUGUAGUCUCUGAUGAUCAGAAUAUUAAUAAGUACAUUAAUUAUGGUGGUUUUCUAUUGGUGGCUAUUAAUUGUCUGAUUACGGGGAGGAAUAUUAUAAUUAAGCUAAGGUGGUGUAACCUUUUCGAAUAAUAAUGUUCAAAAAUCAGUAUGCAUGUGUUUUUUUUUUUUUUUCUUCCCUUCUUAGUGAAUCAGUGACAACGAGAAUGGGAAUGGAGAGCCAUUUAAAUUUGGGUUAAUAUCUUAGUUUGGUCCGAACUAUAGACUAACUUUCUACUUUGGUCCGUAGUAUAGGAAAUUGUUAUUCUGGCCUAAACUAUGUAGCAUACUUUCUUAUUUGGUCCGAAGGUGGGUUUGACAGUCAAAUUAGACGGUCAACCGAGUUUACCGUUAGUCAAAGUCCACCUCACUUGCCACGUCAGCUAUCAGGAAAUAAAAAAAUAUUUCUUUGAAUUUUUUAUUUUUGUUUAAUUUCUAAAAUUAAUUAUAAAUAAUUUGGAGAGCUCAUUUAAUUAAUUUUUUUCGUUUAUUAUUUUUAUUGUUAGAAAAUAAACAAAAUUCAAAAUUAAAAAAAUAAUUUUUUAUUCCCUGAUAGCUGACGUGGCAAGUGAGGUGGACGUUGACUAACGGUCAACUCGGUUGACCGUCUAAUUUAACGGUCAAACCCGUCUCCGAGCCAAAUAAGAAAGUAUGCUACAUAGUUUAGGCCAGGAUAGCAAUUUCCGAUACCACGGACCAAUAUUAAAAGUUUGUCUAUAGUUCGGGCCAAAUUAAAGUAUUAACCCUUUACUCCUUUAAAAUUUAAAGAGGAACUUAGCUAGUCGUAUAUGGUAUAGCAUUUACGUCCUACCAGUUCAACACUAUGUACAAUUGUAUAGAGAUAUAUGUAGUAUUCUAGAUGGACAUAAGAUUGAAUUUAAUUAGACACAAUUUCAUCGUUGAUGAAUUCUCUCGUUAGAGUAUGUACCAGACCAGUACCGUUAUAUGCGGAGUUGGGAUAUGAGGAGUCAGUGGCGAAGCCAGGAAAUUUAUAUAGGGGUGUCCUCUUUCAAAAAUUAAAUAAUUUUAAAUUAGAAAAUAUCUAACUAAUACAAGUUACAACAAAAGUCUACGGCGUGUUACAAAAUAUACUCAGUGUCUGGACGGCUCAACAAAUAUCUCCAUCUUACUAUACAAUCAUUCACAAACUGAUCAUUUAAUAUUUUCGAAGCUUGUUCUUAAAGUUUCCCAAAACUAAAUAUGUUAUUUCAACACCUGCAGUUGCAAUCGGUAAAAUCAAUUACUUUGAGAAGCAAGUAAACCAAUGGAUAUGAUAGAAUGGAGGGCAUAAGGAUAACCCGUAAUCAGGUUCAAUUGUUAGAUUUUCAAAAUAAUUGGGAGAAGGAAUAUCAUUUUUACUAUUAAACUAGUGUUUAAAAUACAAUAACAAAUGAGUUGUGGUCUAAUGAAAAACACGUUUACUAAUAAUCUUAGUAUCCUAAUUUAAAUCACCUAGUCUACCACUUGUAUUUUUUAUCCACACGAAAACUACUACCGGGAGUUGGAUAAUCGUUAUCCCAAAAAUUAGGGGUGUCCCGGAGCACCCCCAAUAUCCCCUGGCUCCGCCCCUGUGAGGAGUCCAUCAGUCCUAUCUUUAUUUGCUAUGUUCGUCUUGUGUGUGAACGCUAAGUUGUUAGUAUUUAGCUUUUUAGUUGAGACGUAAUCAAUCACAUUCUAAAUUUUUUCGUCCUUGUAUGUGUUUACCUAAUUAAGAUCGUCAACUCCUUUCGUUUAGAACACUCUCUUUUUUGUUGUUGUUGAUAAAAUCGUUUAGAACUCUUAAAAUCAUCAUGCAACAAUGAUGUUAUAGCUUACGACCAAAUGUGCAAGGCAUAUAUGAUCCAACACGACUAUCGAUAAGUUGUUCAAGUACGUAAUUAAGUUCUCGUACAUAC